GGUGACAGCUGCUCAAAGAGCCGCCUGGACCGGUUCUAUGAGGUCCUCCCGGCGUUAGGAACACCUCGGCAGCAGCCUGUCCCUCUCUAAUUGUUGCUGACUUCGACGCUUCUUUUUAAGUCAUCGCUCCUGACGGUAACUUGGGGCGCAGCUCCGGAGAGAGACGUGGGGCUGAGAGCUGUGGCGAGGAGGCUUCCCCCUUUGGGAAGGGAGGUCACCGCUUUGGCUCCUCCGUCUCCUGGGCAAACUGGCUUUAGCAGUGUGCCCCGAGUGUGGCUGCGUGGAGGGGCCGCCUCCCUUCCCAUGGGGGAAAGGCAGCUCUGCCACAGCGUUUCGUCUCCCUCCUGGGCGGCAAGAACAUGUUUGGGAAGAGCAGACACAGAACUGUGGCAAAAAGUUCAAAAUGCUUUGGGCUCUUGUCAGAGCGAGGUGCCUUUAAUGAUAUAAAGUGCUUUUAAUUCCCCAAACGAAGUGUUGUGGAAGGCCAGAGUGUGAUUAGUAGGUGUUCCUUGGUCAGUGCUACCAGGUUGGCUGCCUCUUGGUUUCAUUCGAAUGCUUUGACGAGCACGCCUCCCCGUUUAUCUUUGCACUGCGUUUGUUUUAGCAUUCCCCACUCUCGCCUCUCUCUGGCCUGCCACGCACCCAAUGUCUCUUUAUCAGAGUUUUAUCUGCACUUAAAAAUAUUCCUGAUUUGUCGUUGUUUGUGGUGCAUGGGAAGGUGACCGAAAGGAUCCGAAAUUCAAUUUGUCACGCAGGUGAAAGACUCCAGGUUUCUACUUGGGGUCAGAGAAAUCACGAAAACCCGCCUGCUCGUAAACAUCCCCUUCAGCACUUCUGAAAUAUUUAUUGCUGUCGUACCUAGAACGCACACCAUCGGUUCCAGAAACUCCCACCCCACGGAGGCGCUUCGCAAAACGGCCUCUUGUAAAAACAAUGCGCUCGCGGAGCGAGGAGAAACUGCAAGGGCACCUUUUAUCCCAGGAUCUGAGAACAUUUCAGCCUUUAUGACUCCCUGUAAAGUGUCCCAGCUGGAGGGAGGGGGAAAUAGCGGCUUGGGGGUCCAGCAGUGACAGCCGGAGUGCCUCAGCCCCCCGACUGGUGGGGAGGCCUUUGAGAUGUGGCUCCUCCAGCAGCCCCCGGGCCCCUGCUCCUGCGACACCAUCGAGAUGCAUUUGUGCCCAUCACUCUGCAGUGUUUUGGCCAAAGCCGCUGCUUUUAUACUUCUUUCCCCACUGAUCCCAUAAAGCAUGGGGUGCGCCGUCACCUGUGGCAGAACCAAAACGCGGCUGGGGCUCACGGGCACUAAGAUGCGCCCAAAAGUGGGUGCAAGGCAGCGUUGGGAGCAGGCAACAAAACCCCCUCUGACCGGCAGUGCGGAGCAAGGUGUCUGGGGUUCCUUGUGUCAGGCAGCGUGCUGGCAGCUGCCGGCAGUGCCGGGCUGGAGUGGGAGCACGUGGGUUACCUUUAAAACGUGUUUCUGCAGAGCAAGGGACUAACGUAACGGGUGCUGCUGCACUGGUCCUGCGCCGCUGCCACCUCUUGUGCCCAACAAAGUUUUUCAACUGCUCCGUACCUCUGGGUCCUGCAUGUCCACAGCGCUGGUCCCCGCUCCUUUGAAGUGCUGCGCGUCCCAUCUCCCGAGCAAUUUUCAAACCUGUUCCUGUAGCUCUGACUUCUCCAGAAAGAAUGUGGGAGAGCGGUGUUUCUGCUUGGCUGCUUUGUUGGACAGACCUUGGGCUGCGCAGGCAGGCGUCCGGAGCUGCGGCGCUUCACCUGCGCAAACCCCAGCGUCCUCUGAAAACGGUCUCGAAAAUAAAACAGACGUUAAAGUGGGAUUUCUGCCUGCCCGCAGGCCUUUUGGUGAAGAGCUUGAGCCCAGAGUCUUGUUCCCUCUUAGAAAACAAAUGGAUCUUUCCACCCCGGCGCCGUGUGAUGGGGGUUGGUGUUAGGUUUAAGGCUGUUUGUCAUUCACAUGCUUCAACAGCUCCGUGUCUGUGUUUGAAUUAAGGGGUCCUGCGUGCGGUGGUCGAAGCAGCAAAUUCCGGAGCAUCAGUUCUCUGCCUGUGCGAGAAGGGAGAUGCCAUGAUCAUGGAAGAGACUGGCAAGAUUUUCAAGAAGGAAAAAGAAAUGAAAAAAGGUAUUGCCUUCCCAACGAGUAUAUCCGUAAAUAACUGUGUCUGUCACUUCUCCCCUCUGAAGAGCGACCAAGACUACAUCCUCAAAGACGGAGACUUGGUCAAAAUUGACUUGGGAGUCCACGUCGAUGGCUUCAUAGCGAAUGUAGCACACAGUUUUGUCAUAGACGCCUCAAAGGAAAACCCUGUGUCGGGCCGUAAAGCCGAUGUCAUCAAGGCGGCUCAUCUCUGUGCUGAAGCUGCUCUGCGCUUGGUAAAGCCUGGAAACCAGAACACACAAGUGACAGACGCGUGGAACAAAAUAGCCCACUCGUUUCACUGCACGCCGAUCGAAGGGAUGCUGUCGCACCAGCUGAAACAGCACGUGAUCGAUGGAGAGAAAACAAUCAUCCAGAACCCGACAGACCAGCAAAAGAAGGACCACGAAAAAGCAGAAUUUGAGGUCCAUGAAGUUUACGCUGUCGAUGUUCUUGUCAGCAGUGGAGAGGGAAAGGCGAAGGACGCUGGGCAGAGAACCACGAUUUACAAAAGGGACCCCUCCAAACAGUACGGCUUGAAGAUGAAAACCUCCCGUGCCUUUUUCAGUGAGGUGGAGAGGCGCUUCGAUACUAUGCCAUUUACUCUCAGGGCAUUUGAGGAUGAGAAGAAGGCCAGGAUGGGGGUGGUGGAAUGCGCCAAACACGAGCUGCUCCAGCCUUUCAACGUCCUCUAUGAAAAGGAAGGAGAGUUUGUUGCACAGUUCAAAUUCACAGUGCUUUUAAUGCCCAACGGUCCCAUGAGGAUAACGAGCGGCCCCUUUGAACCGGAACUCUACAAGUCGGAGUUUGAGGUGCAAGACGGAGAACUGAAGGCCCUUCUACAAAGUUCUGCAAGCCGGAAGACCCAGAAAAAGAAGAAAAAGAAGGUAAUUGGGCCGCGUUCCGGGGGCGGUUAGUGGCACCUUAUCAUCGGCAGCGCCCAGGUCCUGCGUG